GUGCUGGAUGAUGGAGGAGCCACGCCAUAGCGGACAAAACCCGGGACAAAACCCUCCAGAGCAGUCCCCUGGAAACGGCCCCGAGGCGGAUAGAGCCAUGUCCCGCUCCGACAGCAGUAGCGGAGACGACUCUCUGGACGGCCUCUCCUCACCCCACUGCUCUUCAACCCCUUGCUGCCCUCUGACCCCUGCAACCCCUAUGACCUCUCGCCUGUCGCCACGGAAACGCUCCACAUCUCAGAGUAAGACGGAACCUCCGCUGCUGCGCACAAACAAACGCACCAUCUACACUGCAGGCCGCCCACCCUGGUACAACGUGACUGGGACCAGCUUCAAGGAGGCUUUCGUCAUUGGUUUGUGUGGAGGAAGUGCUUCUGGGAAAACCACUGUAGCUAACAAAAUCAUCGAAGCUCUGGAUGUGCCCUGGGUCGUGCUACUGUCCAUGGACUCUUUCUACAAGGUUUUGGACAAAGAGGAGCAGGAGUUGGCAGCUAAAAACGAGUAUAACUUUGACCACCCCGAUGCGUUUGACUUUGAGCUGCUGAUCACAGUUCUGAGGAAACUGAAGAAGGGGAAGAGCAUAAAAGUUCCAGUUUACGACUUUAACUCCCACUGCAGGCGCAAGGAAUGGAAAACAGUGUACGGGGCCAAUGUGGUGAUCUUUGAGGGUAUUCUGGCAUUUGCAAAUAAAGAACUACUGAAGCUGUUGGACAUGAAGGUGUUUGUGGACACGGACUCAGACAUCCGACUGGUACGGAGGCUGAAAAGAGACAUUUCUCAGCGUGGCAGAAACAUCAGUGGGAUCAUUAAACAGUACAACACGUUUGUGAAACCAGCGUUUGAGCAGUACAUCGAGCCCACCGUACAGCUGGCAGACAUCGUGGUGCCCAGAGGUGGAGAGAACUUUGUAGCAUUGGAUCUGAUCGUUCAGCACGUCCACAGUCAACUUGAAAAGCGAGAGAUCACUGUCAGAUCUGCGUUGGCUUCAGCUCACCAGGGGCAGCCGUUGCCUUUGACCCUCAGUGUUCUGAAUAGCACUCCCCAAGUCCUGGGAAUGCACACUAUUAUCAGGAACCGAGAAACGAGUCGUGACGAGUUCAUUUUCUACUCCAAAAGACUCAUGAGACUCCUGAUAGAACAUGCACUAUCCUUCCUCCCACUCAAGUCGGUUUCUGUGGAGACUCCGCAGGGAGGAGUCUACGAAGGAAAGAGACUCGGAGGGAAGAGGAUCACAGGUGUGUCGAUCCUGAGGGCAGGUGAAACCAUGGAGCAGGCUCUGAGGGCUGUGUGCAAAGACAUUAGACUGGGCAAGAUCCUGAUCCAGACCAACCAUGACACAGGGGAGCCAGAGCUGCAUUACCUGCGCCUACCCCGAGACAUCUCUGAAGACUAUGUGAUCCUGAUGGACAGCACUGUGUCCACUGGAGCCGCUGCACUUAUGGCCAUACGAGUCCUACUGGACCAUGACGUGCCUGAGGAGCAGAUCUUCCUCCUCUCUCUCCUCAUGGCUGAGAUGGGUGUUCACUCUGUGGCCUAUGCAUUCCCCCGAGUGCGCAUCAUCAGCACGGCCGUGGACAAAGAAGUGAAUGAGAGCUUCCACAUCGUCCCCGGCAUCGGUAAUUUUGGCGACCGAUACUUUGGCACAGACGCUCCGUCAGAUUUCUGUGAGAGCGACGAAGGCAUGGACUUCUGAAUCUGAUCAUCAAGAAGAACAUUUUGAAUGUCCCCUGCAGUCGACCAUUUUGCCCACAGAGCUGAGGGAAGACUGACUAGUUUGCCUUUAAACUUAAAACUUGAACGUUAUUCCACUGCUUGAAAAGACAAGCUACUGAAAACAACACUGAGUGUGAGCCUCAAAGUGCAUCUGACAGACAGACUUCAUCUGACAGGACAGAUUUGACUUACCUGUUGGACAAGUUAUGAAAGUACUUCGAUAACUAUUACCUAGAAACUAUAAUGUUAACAAAGGCCUGUCUAAAUGACAAAAUAGUUAUUAUUAGACAGAUAAAAAUAAAUGAUGACACCUUUAUUUAGUUAAAUCAAGAUUUAAACUGUAACAUGCUUCCUUUUUCAUAAACUGACGCUGGAUUUUGGAUGGAGUUUUUCAUGUUGAGGCAGAGAGAUUCUGUUUUACAACUCAGCGCUACUUCCUGUUUUGUUUUUUUCUACUUUUUUUUCCUCAACUUUUUCUUACAAACUGGCACUUACCUGAUGUAAAACUUAAAAAAUAUAUAUAAAAAAUAUUGACCAGAGGUACUAUCCCACCAAACCAAGUCAGAAUUUGAUUUAUCAUAUGCACUUUGAAGAAAUCACAUCAGUAUUUAUAGACUUAUGUUUUUGAAAUGUGCAGAGCACAGCUGGGGUGCCUGAUUCAAACCAUGAAAGGAGGAAGUUGUUAUUGAAAGGAGCUGUACUACAUUUAUUUAAAUAUUAAAUUAAAAUUCAUCUUGGGUCAAAAUGAGACCACUAUCUGCUGUCAGCAUCUAAUUAUAAAGCAUUCCUACCAGGAAGCAAGGCUGCUGCACUGUUAGCAUGGUAGUAGUUGUUGACUUUACAGUGAUGGCACAACUCCACUGUUGUCGCUUUAAAGUUGUGAAAAUCACUUACAAAAAUACUUAUUAAUUAGUUACAGUGAGCUAAUGUAGUUCCAAAGUGCUGCUUUUACAAUAUACUAUCAGGUGCCCCAGCUUUA